AUGGCGCUGUCGCGCAGCCCAGGGCCAGAGAGCAUGGGCAUGCCGCAGGAAUAUCAAAUGCAAUACAUGCAGCUGGCCGCUGAAUUGGAAGUUCUCAUGACUCAGAACGCGGCGCUUUCGGCCGCCCUUGGGGAUUCGACUGCCCCGCCACAGCGGGGCGUGCUGUCGAGCAGGCAGCAGCUCAAGCAGCCGCCGCCGAAGUCGCACAAUGAGCGGCUAGAGCAUCGAGUGGCAUCCAUGGAGAGGCUGAGGGACGAGCUGUUAGAAGCUAAGAGGGCGGCGGAGGCUGCUACAGCCGACGCGACGUGGCGGCUGCAGAGCAACCGGGGGGCGGUGGUUGCAGUGGUGCAGCGGAUGCAGGAAGAGAUGGCGAGAGGCGGCCAGCAGCGGUGGCUGCAGCAAUGGCGGCAACAGCAGAACCAGCCAGCUGGGCAGCUGCCGCAGGCGCUCGGAGCCCAUCCUGCUGCUGAGCAGGGCCGAGAAUGGCAGCGAUGGCAGCAGCAAAUGAUGAUGCAUGGCCCUGCAGCCGUCGCACAGCCCCCCAGGCUCUGCGCCGGCCCAUAG